CUUUGAACUGCUUUUACUUUGGCCAGUGUAUCUUCUUUCACGCCGCCCAUUUUAUUUUUUUUACCUUUUCCCGAAAUGGAACUUCUCGCCGGCGACUGUCGGAAACGAGUCGGCGACGACUUUGACGAAGAUGUUAACCCAUUCGAUGGCUCAGAUGGUGGUUGCGGGUGGAUGUACGGUAGCCGUCAAUCGGGUUCUCACGGAAACGACGACGCUUUGGCUACGCUCGCAGACUUGGCUUCGCCUCCUCAGAAAUUGAAACCUAUCAGGUGUGGCGUUAAGCUUCCGUCGGAGGAUCGACAUCCUCUAGAUAUUCUCGCCGGAACCCUAGAUAGGCUGCCGGAGAUGGGGUUUGGCUGCUUCGAAGCUCCUUUGGGAUCCAAGAUUGCUGACGUGGAGCAAAGUGGUCAAUUGACUCGUGGGUUUUCAAAGGAUGAUGAUGAUUCUCUUCCGCUUCAAAUGGAGUUUCAAGCUCGAAAUCGCAUCUCUUGGGAUGGUCUCUCUCUCAGCUCCUCUGUUGAUAGCGAUAGCGACUCUUCCCCAGAUGUUCGCAAGACCGUCACGGGUAAAAGAAAGCGGGAAACAAGGGUAAAGCUGGAGCAUUUCUUGGAGAAGUUGGUGGGGAGUAUGAUGAAGCGGCAGGAGAAGAUGCAUAACCAGUUGAUUAAGGUGAUGGAGAAGAUGGAAGGGGAGAGAAUACGCCGUGAGGAAGCUUGGAGGCAACAGGAAAUCGAGAGGAUGAUACAGAAUGAAGAGGCUCGGAAGCAAGAGUUGGCACGCAGCCUGUCUCUCAUCUCUUUCAUCAGAAGUGUUAUUGGUGACGAGAUCGAGAUCCCUAAACACUUUGAAUUCCCGCAACCACUCCAGCAGAUUCUUCCCGAACAAUGUAAAGACGAGAAAUGUGAACCCGCUCAGACACAAAAGGAGAUAAAGUUUAGGUAUUCAAGCGGCAGUGGGAGUAGCGGGAGAAGGUGGCCGCAAGAGGAAGUGCAGGCAUUGAUAAGUACAAGAAGCGAUGUAGAAGAGAAGACGGGGAUCAACAAGGGAGCGAUUUGGGAUGAGAUAUCAGCAAGAAUGAAGGAAAGAGGGUACGAAAGAUCUGCUAAAAAGUGUAAGGAGAAGUGGGAGAACAUGAACAAGGAUUUUCACAAACACAAAAGUCGUGAAUUUAGAACAAAGAAAGAUAUGGAACGUGGAGGCUUCCAUGGCUACCGCAAGCUGUCCGUGAACAACACCACUCCUUCUCCACCAGGAUUACCAGCCAACUUUUUGAUGGCAGAGGGCAGUAUGCGUCCCCCAGAAUUCAACCAGCCUAACAAAACCAGUAACGGUGGUGAAGAGGAGUGCACGGUUAGGGAGCAAGACAGGUUCAUGCCUAUUGCCAACGUGAUACGGAUCAUGCGGAGGAUCUUACCUGCUCACGCCAAGAUCUCAGAUGACUCCAAGGAGACGAUCCAAGAGUGUGUCUCGGAGUACAUCAGCUUCAUAACAGGGGAGGCUAACGAGCGGUGCCAGCGGGAACAGCGCAAGACCAUCACUGCUGAGGACGUCUUGUGGGCAAUGAGCAAGCUCGGUUUUGAUGACUACAUCGAACCCCUCACAAUGUACCUCCACCGCUACAGAGAGUUGGAGGGUGAAAGAGGGGUUAGCUGCGGUGCUGGAUCCGUUAGUAUGACCAACGGCCUGGUGGUCAAGAGGCCUAAUGGGACCAUGACCGAGUAUGGAGCCUACGGGCCUGUGCCAGGGAUUCACAUGACGCAGUACCAUUAUCGUCAUCAGAACGGGUUUGUUUUCAGUGGUAACGAACCUAAUUCUAAGAUGAGUGGUUCAUCUUCAGCAGCAAGUGGCGCCAGAGUUGAAGUAUUUCCGACUCAACAACAUAAGUACUGAGAACAAUGGCUAAUGACAUAGACAGCUGACAGAGCGAGAGUCAUAACUGUUAGUAGGCGCAAGCUGUAGCUUAUGAAUUCAACUUAUGCGAAAACAAUGAUGCUUUUUUCUUUGGGUUGUCAUCUAGUUGAAAGAACAUUGUGUUUUUCAUCUGAUCUGUCUUGUGGUAAAAAGUGUGUCAAUAAAGCAUUAGUUUUCCA